AUGGUAUCGGCGGUGAUCUGGAGGCACACAGCGACUUCAUUAAUUUGAAGGGCACCUUCAGUGAUUUUGAUGUGGUCCCAGAGGAAGACACAUAUCGGCAGGAGCGGAAUUGGAUGGCCAGUCAAUACAGAAUGGUGCUCGCCCGCUCCUGGAACCUGGUGAAACACUUUGAAGGAGCACCAAAGCUUUCUGAUUUCAAGUUAAAUGAGCUUCAAUUGCCGAAAAUCCAAAAUGGAGAGGUGUUGCUGGAGGCCGAAUACUUCAGUGUUGAUCCUUACAUGAGACCUUACAGUAAGAGAUACAUGAAAGAAGGGGAUAUCAUGAUUGGAAGUCAAGUUGCCAGAGUACUGGAAAGUAAAAACUUGUCCUUUCCAGUUGGAAGUUAUGCUGUUUCUAAUGCUGGUUGGACAACUCAUUCCAUUUCUAAUGGUAAAAAUAUAACCCCACUGCUUGCCAACUGGCCUGACAACAUCCCCAAAUCGUUGGCGCUGGGGACAAUAGGAAUGCCUGGGUUAACUGCUUAUUUUGGCCUUCGUGAGAUCUGUUGUGCAAAAAAAGGUGAAAUUGUUUUGGUUAAUGGAGCUGCUGGGGCAGUUGGAUCAUUGGUUGGUCAGAUUGGAAAAAUAAUGGGUUGCAAGGUUGUUGGUUCUGCUGGAUCAGAUGAUAAACUUAAAUAUUUGAAGGAAAUUGGUUUUGAUGAAGUCUUCAACUAUAAGACUGUGAACUUGGAGGAAGCUAUGAGGAAAGCAUCUCCAGAUGGUUAUGAUUGCUUCUUUGACAAUGUUGGUGGAGAAUUUACAGAUGUGGCUAUAUUGCAGAUGAGAAAAUAUGGCCGAAUUGCUAUAUGUGGCGCUAUUGCCCUGUACAAUGAUAUAGUGCCUAGAAAAGGACCAUACAUCCAUAUGCCCGCCAUCUAUCAAGAACUGCGUUUGGAAGGUUUCGUAGUGCAGCGCUGGCUGAAUAGAUAUAGCGAAGGUCUGGAAAAGCUGUUGCAAUGGGUUGUUGAGGGGAAGCUGAAGUACCAUGAACACAUCACUCAUGGAUUUGACAACAUGCCCUCUGCUUUUAUUGGGAUGCUUAAGGGAGAGAAUGUUGGAAAAGCCAUUAUAACUGCUAAGUAAAGAGCCAGUUAUGUUGCCCAAUUAAAAAAGCAGAAACUUCUAAAAUUUUCUGUAAGUCUAAAAGAGCAAUUAGAUGCUACAGUCCCAAGUUUUUUAAAUCCUUAGCCAACAGACUGUUUAUUUUUUAUUAGUUUUGUUUUUAUUCAAUAUUGAAAAGGUUGCAAAAAAUAAUUUUGGAGUAGUUGAAGUACCGCAAUAGUGAAUCAGUGAUGUGUUUUUUUUGUAUUAAUACAUUCAUUUUAAAUAUUAAACUUUGGCUUCACAUAUACAGUUAAA